AUGAUGAAAAUUGAAGUAGGCAUUGGCGUGUUGUCAUUACCCCAGGUUUUUGAUACUCUGGGUAUGAUACCUGGAGUGCUAGCAUUAUUGGCCAUUUCUUCUAUCACUACAUGGUCUGCUUAUAUUGUCGGGUGCUUCAAAUUGAACCACCCUGACAUGUAUACAAUCGCAGAUGUCGUUUGGAUAUUCAUUGCCGGGUCAGGCAUUCUAGGCCUCUCCAUUGGACUGAAUGCGGUUUCAAUGCACGCCACUUGUACUGCUGCUUUCGUAGCUGUAGCCACAGUCAUCGGAUGGAUAUUUACAAGUGUUCAAACACUUGGAAAAAUGAGCUGGGUUGCGUGGGCUGGGAUGGGAAGUGUUCUUGGAGCAGCUUUUACUCUUACAAUUGCUGUUGGUGUACAGGGCAGACCGGCAAAUGUUGCAUUGUCGCAAGUUGACCCCACUACAGAAUGGCAGCUUUGGGGUGAUUUGGUGUACUACUACUGCGGUUCUAAUGUCGCAUCACUGGUGUUGAGCUCGGCAGGGGCGCUAAUGAAGCGUGUCUGUUAUGGCUUAGCCCUACCAGGGCUCAUUGUUUCUACAGUGCUUAAUGCACACUUGACGUCAAAGUACAUCUUCAUUUGCAGACUGCAGGGAACAAAGCAUUUAACAACAAACACUUGGACUCACUGGAUCACCUGGCUGGGUUGCACAUCCACUAUCAUUGUCAUAGCCUACUGCAUUGCAAGCGGAAUCCCUGAGUUCAGCGCAUUGGUAUCUUUGAUCAGUGCCGUCUUUGGUACAUUUAUGUCAUUCCAUCCUAUGGGCUGCAUGUGGCUAUACGACAAUUGGACAAAAGAACAAACAACCUGGUGGUAUUUCAUGGUGUCCUGGAGUUGCUUCGUGCUCGUGGCUGGCACCUUCUUAAUGAUAUCAGGAUCAUAUGGUUCGGUGGUAGCCCUGAUUGAUAUUUUCAACGGUGAUGAUACAUCGUCAUCGGCAUGGUCAUGUGACGAUAAUUCGAACUCAGUAUAA